AUGGCUGAUAGUGACGAUGAGUAUGACCGCAAAAGACGCGAUAAAUUCCGCGGUGAAAGAGGAGCAGCAGAAGGCAGCAGUUAUCGAAACAGCGAUAGACGAGAGGAACGAGGCCGUGGUAGAGAGGAAUGGUCAGAAAGGUCUCGUGGAGGUAGAUCAGGACCUGACUACAGAGAUUACAGAGGUGGAGCAAGUGCAAGUCGUGGGUACUCACCAGUUAGAGGUGAAGGACCUCCUAGUAAACGAAUCAGACCAGACUGGCCCGUUGAUGAUAGAAGAUAUGGUGGUAUGCCUCAUGACUCAUACGGCUCAUAUGGCUGGGCUCAUGACCACUUUGGACCUCAUCCUGCUCAUCAAGGAUAUGGACAACCAAUGCCUCCUGUACCAGCCAGAGAUGCUGUUCUGCCAAUGGGACCAACGGAUGGGCCUCCUUCAAUGAUGUCAUUCAAGGCUUUCCUGGCCGCUCAAGACGAUGCCAUCACCGUUGAUGAUGCUAUACAGAAGUAUAAUGAAUACAAACUUGAAUUUAGGAGGCAGCAAUUAAAUGAAUUUUUUGUAGCACACAAAGAUGAGGAAUGGUUCAAGAUAAAAUACCAUCCAGAGGAAUCAGUGAAACGUAAAGAAGAGCAACUAGCAGCACUCAAAAACCGACUUAAUGUAUUUCUUGAACUCCUGGAACAAGGCGAAUUAGACAAAGUAUCAGUAGAUGUUGACAAAUCGGACAAAUUGAUACGUUUACUUGAUACUGUUGUUAUUAAAUUAGAAGGUGGAACAGAGGAAGAUCUUAAAGCUCUUGACGAACCUAACCCAGCUGAAAAUACAAAUGACAAGCCAGACAAGAAUGACACGAAUAAGGCAAUUGUGAUUGAAGAUGAUACAGUCAAAGAAAUAAAGGAUGAAAAAGACACUGACCAGUCUAAGGAUAAGAUUAAUUCAACUGAGUUGGAAAAGAAGUCAAAAGAUUCUGUAAAAUCCACCGCCAAACUGACGAUGGAGAUUGAUCCUCACCUCCGUCAACUACAAGAACAGGCCAAACUUUUCUCUCGUUACAACAGCGUGGAACAGAGUCUGAACAAGUUGUACCCGAGAAAGAACCUCCCCCGCCAGGUUCUUCAUCGAGCUCAUCAUCAUCGAGUUCUUCGUCAUCAAGUUCGGAAGACGAAGGCGAAUCUGGUACGCGCAGAAAAUCUAAAUCAAAGUCCAAAUCCAAAACUCCUGACAAAUCGCCCAAACAAAAAGAACGGACUGCGUCUCCGAGCGCGGAAAAAGUCAAAGAGUCCCAGAGCUCUUCAUAAAACAACUUCCAUUUUCUUGAGAAAUCUAGCUCCAACAAUCACGAAGGCUGAAGUAGAAGCUAUGUGUAAACGUUACGGGGGUUUCCUUCGCGUGGCGCUCGCAGAUCCUUUGCCUGAAAGACGAUGGUUCCGUAGAGGCUGGGUCACAUUCCGACGAGAGGUCAACAUAAAGGACAUCUGCUGGAACCUAAAUAAUAUAAGGCUUCGUGAGUGUGAGUUGGGUGCGAUAGUAAACCGCGACCUUCAGCGUCGUAUCCGAGCUGUCUCCGGAGUUACUCUGGAGCGAGCGGUGCUGCGGGCUGACGCUAGACUAGCGGCGAGACUCGCUCACCAUCUGGACACUCGGUCUAAACUGUGGGACGGACCCGGCGAAGAUGGACCGCAGACUGAGAACUUCAGCCUGAGCUCCAAAAACCCGGUGCUACAUAAGAUAACGGAACAUCUUAUAGAAGAGGCUUCAACGGAGGAAGAAGAGUUGUUAGGCCUAGAGGCGUCGUCGGAGACCGCUGCGCAGGAACAACCGGAUCCGGAACUCGUUAAAGUGUUGGACCGCCUAGUGUUGUACCUUCGUAUUGUACACUCUGUGGACUAUUACAAUCAUUGUGAAUAUCCAUACGAGGAUGAAAUGCCAAACCGUUGUGGGAUUAUGCACGCGCGCUCCGGACCUCCUCCCAACAAGCCCACUCAGCAGGAGAUUCAAGAUUACAUUAAAACUUUCGAAGGUAAAAUGUCAGCUUUCCUGCAAGAUGUCAAACCGUUGACAGACGAAGAGCUUCAGAAACUAGGAAUUAAGGACUCUGAAGCAGAAGUAGAAAAGUUCAUUCAAGCGAACACUCAAGAGCUGUCCCAAGACAAAUGGUUGUGUCCACUCAGCGGUAAAAAGUUCAAAGGACCUGAUUUCAUUAGAAAACACAUCUUCAAUAAACACGCUGAAAAGGUGGAUGAGGUUCGUCGCGAGGUGUCUUAUUUCAACGCGUACGUUAAAGACGUGAGACGUCCCCAACAACCCGAGCAACCGGCCCGCGCCGCGCCACAACCCGUACACGCGCCGCCCGCACAUCCGUAUAGUGGAGCUGGUGGUGCAGGCGGGGCUCGCGGUUGGGGUUGGGGCGGCUGGGCGCCUCCCGCGCCUUACAUGCCUAGACACCCGCGGUUCUCGAGACCCAGGGAAAACGUGGACAGGUCCCGGCCAAUUAUUGCUUACAACGAUCUCGACUUCCCGGAUAGUGGUGACAUAUUCUAA